AUGUCUGAAGGAAGUAGCGCCGAGAUGAAUCUUCGCACUUACGACUCGUUGGACAGGCCGCCGAAUGAAGAGGCAUCCAAGAAAAGAUGCCUCAUCCCUAUUGCCGCGAUAGCACAAGUGAAGGUUUCUUUAAUCAUAAAAUUUUCCCCAAAUAUUCCCAUGUACCGAUUAUGCGAAUCGGAAAUAUGCUCUAGAGAUUGCUGUAAUGGAAGUGCACGAGCCCCUAACACAGUCGUCAAAAUCCAUAUUUUCCAUCGUAAUGAUGGCGACGACUCAUUGGUCUGUUCGGACUGCGCGCGUGCCGUGCAGGUCGUAAUGUGCACGGUGUGGAUGGGCUACUACUACGGUGGGUUCGAUUGGCGGAAUCCGGCUCUGGUCUUCAAUUAUCAUCCCGUCUUCAUGGUUAUUGGCAUGAUCUUCUGCUUCGGUGAUGCUAUGCUGAUCUAUCGCGUUUUUCAUAAGUGCCCCAAGUUGCCUUUGAAGGCUGUCCACGGUGUUUUGAUGAUACUCGGCCUGCUGUUUUCCGUGGUUGGCUUCAAGGCUGCUUUCGAUUCUCACAAUAUGCGCGGCAUACCCGAUGUAUACAGCAUUCACAGCUGGAUUGGACUAGUCACUGUCGUCCUCUUUGCCGUGCAGUGGGUGGUGGGGUUGAUAGCCUUCCUGGUGCCAUACAUCCCACCGAGAGUACGGUCGAAAAUUCUGCCUCUGCACACAGCUACGGGUCUCUUUCUCCUCUGUUGUGCCCUCGUCGCCGCCAUCUCGGGAAUCACGGAGAAGAACUUUGGUUCAACUGAAAAUGAAGUAGUAAAAACGGUUUCUUGCAUCCGACUUACCGAGGAGGAGAUGCGCUAUUUACACGAUGAUUUGCCUUGUAGUCGUUCAGAGCCCCACACUAUCUGGGACGAGUUUCCUUUGGAGCUAACCUACAAAGAUUUGCCAGCGCCAGCGAUGCUCUCGAAUUUUAUGGGUGUUUGUCUAGUCGUUUUCUGUGGAAUGGUCUUCUAUUUGGUGCACAGACAUGACUAUCGCCGUAUAGAGCCCACCAAUGGAGAACAGAAUCCACGAUGCUAA